AUGUUGCGGGUAAGCUCGGGGGUCGCGUGGAGGCUGCUGGCGUGGAGCCAGCUGCUGUGGAAUCAGCCGCUCUACGCACCAGGCCCUGGAGCGGAGAUGGUUCUCAAAGGUCGUGGGGAUGAACCCGGGGUCGAACCUUAUGUUUUGGCUGGUAACGCCAAAGGCUCCAAUAACGAGCUGAUUGCUCAGAGGUUGCAACAGCUGAUGACGACGAACAUGGAGCUUGCCAAUGCCCUGGCGGACCAACGAGUGGCAGCUGCGGAAUCUAUGCACGUCCAGGAGCGUUUGGCGAAGCAGAAGCGUGCACACGAACAAUCGGUCCGCGGUCAGUGGAACACUUGGAUGAUGACAAGGAGGGUGGAGCAACUGGAAGGCGCUCACGAUGCUCGGCGUCUCGUCGAGUAUAUGGCGCAAGCUGCCGCAUGCCUCCGGUUCCAACAGAACCAUAAGGAUCUAAUGACGAUCUCGGCCGACUAUAAGCAGAUCCCGUACAGCUACGAAGAUGAGCAAAGGAACAUCCACGAUGGCCCGCUCUUGCCACUCUGGCAAUGA